CCGCCCAUAACAGCCACCCAAAUUGCUCUCUCUCUAAAAGGGAAAUAUCUAUGAAAAAUAGAGACACUCAACACAGGAGCAGAGAAUCCCAUAAAAACAACAUCAACAACAACUGCAACAGUAGCAUCAUCGACCUCAACAAAAACAACACCAACAUCAAACAAAACACCCCAACACCCUCACUCUCUUCUCUACUAUUUCAUCUCAAUCACUCCUUCCCCUAACCCCUUUUCUCUCAGAAGUUCUUUUCAUAGCCAUAGAUCAUAGAUAGGGACCAACCCUAAACUGUUGAAACACUACUCACUCACGCUGCUUACUGAUAACACACUUACACGCGCACAGUACCAUCAACACCAUCAUCAUCAUCAUCAUCAUCACCACCAUCGCCAUGUCCCUCGAAGACUCCCUAAGAUCUCUCUCUCUCGACUACCUCAACCUUCUCAUCAAUGGCCAAGCCUUCAGCGACGUCACUUUCCAAGUCGAGGGUCGUCUCGUCCACGCCCACCGCUGCAUCUUGGCCGCGCGCAGCCUCUUCUUCCGCAAAUUCUUCUGCGGCCCCGACCCUCCACCCGGCCUCGACCCCGCCGCCGCUUCGCGAGCCGGCGCCGCCUCCGCUGCGCGUCCCCCCGGCGUGAUCCCGGUGAACUCGGUUGGGUACGAGGUUUUCCUGCUGCUGCUGCAGUUCCUGUACAGUGGACAAGUCUCCAUCGUGCCGCAGAAGCACGAGGCCAGACCCAAUUGCGGCGAGCGAGGGUGCUGGCACACGCAUUGCACCUCCGCCGUUGAUCUCGCCCUCGACACCCUCGCCGCCGCCAGAUACUUCGGCGUUGAACAACUUGCAUUGCUCACUCAGAAACAACUUGCGAGCAUGGUGGAGAAAGCUUCAAUCGACGAUGUGAUGAAAGUGUUGAUAGCAUCUCGAAAGCAGGAAAUGCAGCAGCUGUGGAGCACGUGCUCCCACCUGGUGGCAAAGUCAGGACUUCCGCCGGAGGUGCUGGCCAAGCACCUCCCCAUCGACGUGGUGGCCAAGAUCGAGGAGCUCCGCCUCAAAUCCUCCCUCGCGCGCCGCUCCAUGCUGCCGCUCCGCCACCCGCACCCCGACCUCGGGGCCGCCGACAUGGAGGAUCAGAAAAUCCGGCGGAUGCGGCGCGCGCUCGACUCCUCCGACGUGGAACUCGUUAAACUCAUGGUGAUGGGGGAGGGCCUGAACCUGGACGAGGCGCUGGCGUUGCACUACGCCGUGGAGAGUUGCAGCAGGGAGGUGGUGAAGGCGCUGCUGGAGCUGGGCGCGGCGGACGUGAAUUUCCCGGCCGGGCCGGCCGGGAAGACUCCUCUUCACGUGGCGGCGGAGAUGGUAUCCCCAGAGAUGGUGGCGGUGUUGCUGGAUCACCACGCUGACCCGAACGUGCGAACCGUGGAUGGCGUGACCCCGUUGGACAUCCUGAGAACCCUAACCUCGGACUUCCUCUUCAAAGGGGCGGUCCCCGGACUGACCCACAUUGAACCCAACAAGCUGAGGCUCUGCUUGGAGCUGGUGCAAUCUGCAGCUCUCGUUUUGUCUCGUGAAGAAGGGAACAACCACAACAACAACGCUAACAACAGCAGCAACGACAACACUAACAACCCCAACACUUCUGCUUCUGCAACUGCUAUCUAUCCACCAAUGAGUGAAGCGCACACCAGCAGCAAUUUGGACUCGAGACUGGUGUAUCUGAACCUCGGCGCCACGCCACAAAUAGGUGACGAUGAUAGCAGCAGCCAGAGGGAAGCCAUGAACCGUCAUGGCUCGCAAGGUGGUGGAUGUGACCCAUCAAUGCUUUUCAAAUGGUAGCAAUGUGAAGUGCGGUUUCAUGGGAGAUGAGGAUAAGCGACAAGGAGAAUCUAAUCACUGUAAUUUUAUUUUAUUUUGCUGUAAAACCAAAGGGUGCAUGGAGGAGACGCAGGUCAAUCUUUUCAAUCCCACUUCACCUGUCAACUCUUUGUUGUUUUUCAUAUACACUCACUGAUGAUGAUGAUGAUGAUGCUUAGCUAAUAUCACGGCCAAUGCUUGUGUUCUUUUAA